AUGAUAUCACAGAGUUCUAUUCCUGAAGUAAAAGAAGAAGUGAUAGGCUAUGCUUUAAAUGAACGUAAGUUGAAGCUAUCUCAAUUCCAGGAUCUCGGCCCUCCAGAUUUAAUCACUUUAGUAAAAUAUCUAGAAUCAUCCAGUACAGCAGCUAGUACGUCUGCAACGUCUAAUAAGACCAAUGCUGCCGAUUCUCAAAGUAUUUCUACUACAGAUCCUGCCACUGCACUGAAUGAUUUACAUUCCCACGAUAAAUUGAAGGGCGAAAUGGGCACAUUUUUCUAUUCUCUGGGCGCAGACACUUCUGAUCCUACAUCAGUGUCUAUUUUCUUGAAAAAAAUUGCUGAUGCAAUAACUGAGCAACCCCAAGCAUGGUUUGGCAAGAGAAAAAAUUUCCAAAUUGCUAGAAUUUCCUUAUCAACGUGGAAUACCUUCAGAAAAUGUGAUAUGAACGUUGUUGUUCAUAUCCCAGGUACCGUUCAAGUUUUUAUCUUAGACUCUAAUGGAGAGAACCUUCCGAUUGAUCCAAAUUCAGAUGAAAACGGAACAAUUUGGGCUGAAGCGUUUGUUAGUGGAGUCGUUAGAUCACUUAUGUUAAUGAAAGACAAUUACGAAGACGGUGAAUUACAAAAUCUUGUAGAAACACUAAUCGUUAGUCCCUUGACUUCUGGUGAAAUUGAAAGUGUCGCAGAAACUUUCAUUGAUUCCUUCCCAUUGGUAUAUGAAGUGGGUGAUUUACUAGGAGCUCCUUACCAUAGUAUAAACAUAUCAAGAACCAAUAACUAUUUGGUAGAGACUUUGCUCGAAAUUGUCAAAUUGACGCAUCAUGUCCAAAAAUGUCGCACGAUGCUCGAAAGUCUGAUGGUCAAACACCCAGAGGUCGUAAUCAUUUUAUCCAGACUUCUAUUAGAAAAUGAUUUGGAGGUUGAUGCCGUUGAAUUAAUGCACCAACACAUGGAAAUAAUUGAGAAGUCCAGUAACAAAAGUACCAAUUUUAGCGCUGUACCUUAUCAAUUUCCACUAGAUUAUAAGUCUGAAUUAUUAUGCAUCCAAGCGAGAUUUUUGUUAGAUAAUAUGAAAGACUACGAACUUGCCCGUGCGCUGGCACAAGAAGCGGUACAUUGUACACCAAGCGAAUUCACACCAUGGUACUUAUUAACAAAAGCGUACAUCAAAUUAAAGGAUAUUGAAAACUCGUUACUCACAUUAAAUGCCUGUCCAAUGUCUACUCUCAAAGAAAAGUAUGUUUUAAAAAGGGUGGUAUCCUUCCCUUCAGAAUCUUCUCUACAUUUACCAUUACCUGUGGAUGUCGUACUUGAUGAAGUAACAUCUUUGAACCCACAGGAGAUUCAAAAAGAACAUAAAUCUGCAGAUCCGGCCUUGGUCAACUUGGCUGCUGCAAAUUUGAAAUCCACAUAUCAAUUGUGUUACAAACUAUUAACUGAGAUUGUACAAAUAACUGGUUGGGAAAGUUUGCUGAAAUAUAGAUCAAAAAUAUUUGUUAUGGAAGAUGAAUACCAAAGUUCUUCAGAGGAAAUAAAUAAUGGUUCCACAACGAAUACAGCAUCUUCAGUAAAUGCUAUGACAGUCGCUGCCAAUAGUACCACUGUAAAUACUAGUACCAACACCGUCAAUGACACCUUGAGUAGUAGCUCAUUAUUACGUGCUAAAAGAUUAUGUGAAAGAUGGCUUGAUAAUUUGUUCAUGCUAUUAUACGAGGAUUUGAAAACGUACACCUUGUGGCAAACGGAACAAUUGUAUUUCGAAGCACAGAAUACCAAUUAUAACAAAUUAACUUUCGAAUGGGAAUUGUUUGGUUUAUGCGCCCGCCGUUUAGGUCAUUACCCAGAGGCUGCAAGAGCCUUCCAAAGGGGUCUUUCUCAAAGAUUUUCAUCCCAAUCUGCGAGAAAACUACUAGAAUAUUGUAUCAACGAGCGUCAACGUAUAAGGCAGUUAGCUGGCUUACCAACUUCCGAUAUGACCUCCAGUCAAAUUAUAACCAGGGUGAAUGAGCUUGACAUUUCAAUCAUUGAUUUAUGUGUGAAAAUAUGUUGCUGGAACCAUCGUUGGUAUAUUGAAUACUCAACACAAUUGAUCGAAGCCAUGAGCGUUGUAGUACAAGAUUUAGGUUUGACCAAAGUAUCUAAUGAAAUUUCUGCAAGAUAUCCCGAGACUGUGUUUACAUUGGUAACUGAAAACAUGUUAAACUUUUUCGAGAAAUAUACCAACGACUACUUUGAUAGUUGA